AUGUUAAAGGACAACCAGUGGCACGGUUUCAAGUCGGAGACUCUGAAGCAGCCAUGGAUGCCCCCUUCCUAUCGCCGUUUACCUCCUCCUCCCCUCCCCUCGCACCUUAUCACCGCGCACACCCACGCCCGAGCAUCCCAGCCCAGAACCUCCACCCAGCCAGUAUAUGAGGAGCGUCCGACACAAAACGUGGCACCGUACACGAAGGAGGAGCUGUGCAGCAUGCCCAGCGUUGUCGUCGCUGAGCUCGAGGCGAAGGACGCGAGGGCCGGCAGGGCCGCGGCUCGCCACGCCGUCAACACGUUCGAGCUUUACGUCCAGCCGUGCCUGGCCGAGCUGCUGGGUUCCACACUGUUCAUCUUCGUGGGCUGUCUGUCCGUCAUAGACAACGCAGACGGCACCGGGAGGCUGCAGCCCGCCCUGGCACACGGCCUGGCUCUCGCCGUAGUCGUCGCCGUGCUGGGAGAGAUCAGUGGGGGUCACUUCAACCCUGCCGUUUCUGUCUCCGUCUUCCUGACUGGGGGUCUCAACGUCGUGCUGCUGGUCCCCUACAUAGUGGCCCAGUGCUGUGGGGGCAUGAUAGGCGCGGGCCUGGCCAAGACAGUCGCCCAGGAGGAGCCCUACGCCAACUCCUCCCGGGCAGCAUUCAACACGGUGACUCAAGAUGCCCAGAUAGGACCAGCCACGGCGGCAGAAGUGGCAAUGACCCUGUUCCUUACCCUGGUGGUGUGCAUGGGGGCCGUAAACGGACGCACCCGCAGCUUGCUGGCGCCCUUGUGCAUAGGGCUCACUGUAACCGCUAACAUCCUUGCAGGGUGA